GUCGAGUUAGGUUAGGUUAGAUCAGGCAUCUUGCGGGAGAUAUGAGCGGACGCACGGCGCAUUUUCGGCAACCGUGUAAAUCGAGUCCGUCAAGAUGAUGCAAUUUGAGGAAGAAGGCGAAACGUUGAAAGACAAAUCUCGGUGCGCGAACAUUCGCGCCGAUCUCAAAAUAUGUCUACUCGAAAGCGAUUGUUGUAAAAUCUUCAAGCGUACUCCCAGAGAAUGCCUUAGGUCACAUGAUGGUACAGUUCCCGAUGAAUGCUUUGCCUUGCGCAACACAUUCUUUGAGUGUAAGCAUUCUAUAAUUGACGGUAGACGACGGUUUAGAGGCCCAAAAGGAUAUUAAACGUCGAAAUAAAUACUUUGUGUGAUAUAUAAUUACAAUAUAAUUACAUAAUUUAUGUAUCCAUAGAAAAUUUUAUCCUUUUUCUAUCAGAGGCUUUGUGAGGAUCUGUGUAUAUAACAAAGAGGAAUUUAUGGAAGAGGAAGAUGUAAAUGUAUUUUAUUGAUAAGGUAAAUAAAUCCAUUUAAUGUUA